ACAGGGAUAUAGAGAAGGACGAGUGGGUGAACGAAAGCAAAACUGAUGAUCGUGUGUGUUCCUUCCUGUAGUUUUAAACUAAGUGGAGGAUGAAUCCUCCUGGUCGGAUGGAUGUAGAGGAGUGGCGUGCUACCGUCGUCGUCCCCGUGAGCAUCUCGCAUAUAAAAGCCGCUUCUGCCUGCCGCGCGCUUAGUUUCGUUCUGUAGCGACCGAUUGUGAAACAACACGCUCUCGACAUGGAAAUCCGUUUUAUAUUAUUAGUAACGCUAUUUGUUGUGGGAGUAGCUAUGGCAUUUCCACAGAAGGAUGGUCAAAUUUUUAGUAAUGAAGCUAUAAAACAAGCGCAAAACACCUAUCUUAUUCCAAAAGAUGCGACAAUACAAAAGGUUCAAGAAGGCAUUGAAUUGGCAGCUUAUGAGUCGAUUCCUGGUGAUCAGAAGAUCAACCUUUUUGAAAUCCUAGGAGAACACGUUCCACCGGAAGUUGUGAACAAUCUUCAAACCCAAAUCGAUCAGAUAGGACGAAAUUAG